GAUCAUGCCAUGUCCGUACACUCAUAACCUUCAUCCAGAUUUUCUUCUUUCACAAUUUUCUGGGUUUUUAGCAGUGUGACACUUUGAAUUUGAUUCAAAGCUCCUUUUUCGAUCGAUCGGUUAUAUAAUUAAGGAUGCCUUUUCCAUGGAAGAAGGUGAAGAAAACAAGCAUUUCACAAUUGGUGAAGGACCAUGUAAAUUCUCAAAGUGGAUCUCCUCUUAUGGUGGAAACCGGUUUUCCAACUUCUCUUGUCGAUCUUGUUGUCAAGAAUCGCCGAAGAUUCAAGAAAUCCUCCAAGAAAAAAAUGGCCGACGACCCUUUGUUCGUUACAUCCCCUUCCCCUCCCCAUCCCUCUUCGUCUGUAACUUUACCUUCCACUUCUCAAUUCAUGAUUGAUGAUAAUGAAGUUCCUCCUCUGAUCCGUGUAGCUGAAGUGGAAGGUGACAAACCUGAAUCUUGCAAGAUGAACAACGAGAAAGAGUGGGGUAAUGGUUGUCUCAGUAUGAAUCAGGGGUUGGUGGCCGUUUUGAAGAUAUUUCUCGUGGCGGGUUUGGUUUUAGGGAUGAAUAGUCUUGUCAUGGGGGUAACCAUGUCAGCCUUCUUGUUGUUUUUAUUGGAAUAUUUAGGAGAACGUUUGUAUGGCUUCUUUUUUAAGGCACCUUUGGAGCUGUCAAAGGAUGGUUGCUCUGACUUUGGAUGUCAAAUUCAAGAAAUUGAGGUUGCACAGGUUGAGGAUAGUCAAUGUAUUAGGGAUGGAAAAGCGAAAUGUGUAGGGGUAGAUGUAAUGGAGAAAGGAGAGGAAUCUAGAUAUGAUUUUUGUGAAUCCAAAGAAAAGAAAUCUCAUCGGGCAAAGAUGAAAUCGAAAAUGAAGAAACUUGUUCCGAAGAAGUUCAGAAAGAAAAAAGGUUCAGCAUUGGAGCGUCCUAUGCUCCUGGAUGAGAUAGAUUAUGUUAUUGAAGGAAAGACGGAAACUGAAGGUUCCAGUGAACAAAAAAUGCAAUCCAAUGGUAUAGUUUCAUCAGUGGCAAGUAGCAUAGAUGAUAAGACAGAUAUUGUUGAGGUUGUUGGUAGUGCUGGAGAAUCAUCUGAAGUAUUUACUGAUGCUAGUGUUGAAGAAUCAUUUAAUGGUACUGACGACAAGGCAACCAUUGUUGGGGAAGAAGAAUUGACUGGAAGAGAGCAUAGUUCUAUGUAUAUUGCUCUCCUUUUGGUUGUUCUAGUCGGGCUUAUUGGAGGUCGGGUUCUUGCACUUGUUUUUACUUUAACAUGUUGCUUGAUGUUGAAGCGAGGUGAGGGAAUAGGAAGAUUCACAAAAUUGCCCGUGAUCAGGUGUUUCACAAAAAAGUUCAGUUAGAAUUUAUUAACUCAUUCAUAGAAGCCCUUGAAAGUAUGUUCAUAGUGCUGUGUGAAGUGCUGUUUAAGCCUUCCUUGAUCUUUAGAGCUUACUUUGAUGGAGAGUUCAACCUUUGGUUGACCACUCGACCAUUGGUCUUGUUUUAUGUCCUGUAAAGUUACUCAAAUAAGAUUAACUUUGUGAUACUCUUGUGUCUGAAGCAUUGUUUUGCAUAAAUAGUUGACCCCGUUUUGUCUUU